AUGAGUCUAUUCGCUUGUUGGUUCGACAUAAUUUCAGCCACUUUUCAUGAGCUCUUCCGGAGUAGUGAGGUGGUGCCCGUCGAGCAGGGAUAUGAGGUGUUGGAGAACCCCGAUCCGGCAGCAAAGUACACAAUGGCGCAGACGAAAGAUGGCGACUUGUCACGACCGUCUGGGCUACCGAGCAACGGAAACCCUGGCUCAUCCGCUCACGUAAUUCCACCCGCCUCAAAAUCCGGACCAGUCGCCGGAUCAUCUUCAAAAACCGCCGGAACACCAGUCCCACCACAACGGAAUAGAAGACGAAAGCUUUUUCCACUCGAAAAUGCUAUAAUAGUCACACAUCACAAAGUGAUAACAAAAACACGUAUUGAUACGAGUUUUAUCGGUUUUUUCCACAAAAAGAACCCAUAUCACAGUUUAUGCCGCACUAAACGUUUACGUUAA